AUGCAUCCUCCUACAGCCACGCGUGAAGAACUUCUCGAAAACCAAAGCAUCGUCCUAGUAAAGGGCACCCCGACCCAUUUCCAUAAUGGCAACCGUGUCUAUCCAGGCCUGGCCGAAUCACUGCACGAAAGAGUGAUCAAAAACCCAUCUGCCCCAGCAAUCGAGGUUCGAGGCCAGACAAUUACAUACGGACAGCUUCAUUACCACGCUCUUCAAUUAUCCCGUGAAUUAUUGAAGGUGGGACCUGUCUCUGAAGAGGCAAUUGGAGUCAUUACAGGCUCAGGGUUUGAGCAAAUCGUUGCCCAGGCGGCUGUAAUUUAUGCCGGUUGUACUUGUUGUGCCCUUGACCCUACCCUUCCAGAGGCCCAAAUCAAAUAUCGCCUGUCAAAUGCCGGUGCCCGCUUUGGUCUGGCAGACAAAGAAAACCUUGGACGUAUGCCAGAUCUCACAGUGAUGCCUGUUACGAUCAAACAGCCGACAGACCAAGCCGUGGCAGCUGCCCUUCACUCUUCUCCUACAACAAAGGCGGGUGGUGACCAUCGAACCCAUCUGAUGCAUACUUCCGGGUCGACGGGAAAGCCUAAGACGGUUCAAAUAACAGCCAAAGCUCUCAUCCAUCUUACACAAGACAAAAACGCUAUUUUGAUUGGUGAACACGACCGAACUGCCCAGAUAGCCUUAGUAAGCUUUGAUAUCUCGUUGCUCGAGAUAUGGGUGACAUUGCUACGGGGUGCCACAAUAUUGCCUCUUCCCCGGACUUUGCUUGAGGACAUCCUUCAAUUGGCUCAAACGUGGGACGAUCUAGGAGUCACGGUCAAUAUUGUCCCUGCCUCGCUACUUCCAACGGUCGUCUUAGCAAUUCCCAAGGUCUUCGCUAAGAUGAACGUUGUCUACACAGGUGGCGAGAUGCCGAACCUCAGAGCAAUGAGGACUGUGCUAGAGCAAGGCCCGCCAAAAUGUAUUUUGAACUGCUACGGACCUACAGAGUGCUGUAUCUUCUCUUUAGUGCACAAAGUCACGUUGGAGGAUACCGAAAGGAAUAUUUGUCCCCUGACGCAAUUGGUUGGGGAUACGAAGAUUGCAAUUCUCGAUGAGCAUCACCAGCGAGUUGCUGAAGGCGAGAUUGGGGAGCUUUUCAUAGGAGGUGCUGGUGUAUCCCCGGGGUAUGUCAACCUCCCUGAAAAGACCGCCGAACGGUUCGUCACAAGCGCAAAUUAUUCGGCCUUGCCGCCAUCUUGCAAUUUCUACGCAACGGGGGACUUGGUCCGCAGAGAAAAGAAUGGCCAUGUUUAUAUCCUUGGCAGAUUUGAUAACCAAGUUAAGAUUCGCGGAUUCCGCAUUGAGCUCGAGGGUGUCGAAUCUGCCAUUCUCGAUACGGGCCUGGUCUCUGAAGUGGCAGCUUGCAAGAUUGAUCAGAGCGAGGAAGAAGUCAGCGCAAUCUUGGUUGCAUUCGUCAUCCCAAAGGACAAAAAUACUUUCACGGCUGAGGAGCUCAUCACGGCGUUGAAAGCGAACGUUGCAGAUUACUUGGUGCCUCAAAUUGAAGUUCGCGAUAUGUUGCCCUUGAAUGACCACACGAAGGUCGAUCGGGAAAAGUUGGCGUCGGACUUCGUUGCAGCGACUUUAGAACAGCAACGGCAGAUGACAACAGGAGACCAAGAGCAGACCGUUACCGGGAGACUUAGAAAGAUCUGGUACUCACUCUUGCCAGGGUUCACCGGACAAAUCAGGGAUAGUGACAACUUUUUGAGCCUCGGAGGUAGCUCAUUGCAAGCUGCCAUGUUGAUUAUUCGUAUCAAACGCGAGUUCGCAGUCGAUGUGACAGCAGUUAUGGUGUACGAAGCAACAACAUUCGCUGAUAUGGCCAGUUACAUUGAGUCUGGUGGCAUGAAGUACACGAUCCACGCUGCGUAUAACCGAGCCUAUCGCGCAGAUAUCGAUUACUACGUAUCUCUUGGUCUACACCCACAGCCUGGAUCAGCAGCCCAUUGGCAUCUGCCUUACGAAGGUCGUAUCUUCCUCACGGGAGCUACGGGACUGAUUGGUGCCUUUACACUCCAGAAGUUCCUAACAUUGCCAGAGGUCUCUUGUGUCGUAUGUAUCGUACGCGGUUCAAAUGACAAGGCUGCUCGAGCCCGCGUGUUAAGUGCCCAGGAGCAAUACGGACUACGUGAGACUGGUGUUGACUACAACAAACUUAUAGUCCUCGCUGGUAACCUGGAAAACGAGACAUUUGGAAUUGGCGAAGAACUAUUCCAGCAACUUGCAUACUGGGCCUCAUGUAUCUUUCAUAUUGCUGCUCAUGUGAAUUACGCACAGCCAUACUCCAGCCACCGCGGUGCCAAUGUCAUCGGCACGGCCAACAUCCUCCGCUUUCAAGCAAUUGGCCGACCCAAGCGGUUACAUUACACGUCCUCCCUGUCAAUAUACGGCCCAACGGGUAUGGUUGAUGGCUACACGUGUGUUGGGGAGAACGACCACCCUAUGAAAUACAUGCGAUCUGUGCAGUAUGAUAACGGAUAUACACAGAGCAAGUGGGUUGCUGAGAAGAUGGUCGUUGACGCUCGGGAUGACGGAUUCCCAAUCACGGUUUAUCGCCCAGGUGCAGUGUUCUGCCAUAGUGUUACCGGUGUCGGUCCGACUGGUGAUUUCCUUGCUCGAUUGAUGGGAAGCUGUAUUCGGAUGAGAUGUUUCCCGACCAUGAUGCGACAAAGCAAGAAUUCUAUGCCUGUGGACUAUAUGGUCAAUGCUAUGCUACACGUCUCCAAGCUGACGGAGAGUGUAGGUCAAUCUUACAACCUGGCUCCUGAAAUGACACAGCAGCCCACAAGUGAGAUGACCGAGAUGUUCAUGACACUGCAGGAAGCUGCCCAGGUGCCUAUGGAGGAAUUGCCAUAUAACCAGUGGCUGGAACGUCUUAAAGACCAAGAUGACAAGGACCCGCUACGACCACUGCUGCCCAUGCUGGAUGAAAAGGUCUAUGAUGGCCACUGUCGAUGGGAAAUGUAUGAGAGUAUGCCAAUCUAUGAGACAGAUAACCUCCGAAGACAUUUGGUGGGCGCACCAGAAUUAGCUCACUGCCCACCAUUGAGCGCGGAAAUGUUGCGGAAGUUCUUGAUUCACGCGAAAUUGAUUUAA